AUGAGUUAUUGAAUAGGUCUUUUAAAGGCUUUAGUAUUAUCAAUUAUUUUUGUUGAAGGACAGCUAAUUGUUGAUAUAAUUUACAGUCCCUACACAGAACAAGGCUUUGCUUCAAGCCUGAAAGUAAUGCUGGAGAAAAGUUUCCAAAACGAAUUUGAAUUUAAUUUGGUCUAUUUAGUGGACUUUUGAGAUAUUGAUCUAGCUAUAAAUAGCCCUGAUAUAGUUUUUGACCUUACAUUCAGCGCUUCAUUGCUAGAAUCGAUCAAAAAACUUGCUGAAGUACAGCAUUUUAUUAUUGGCUCUAUUGCAAAGCCAGCUGUUUUAUAUAGCAACUGAGAGUUUUUUAUGCAUAAUUCAUGGGAAAAUCAGAUAAAAACUUUAUAUUCUAUUAUUUCUUACCUAAAUUGGCAAACAUUUAUAGUGAUCUCUGAUGAAACUUAUAGCGAGAAUAAUGAGUUUUAUGAUUAUUUUUUUGAUAAAGAUUAUCGUUGAUUCUAUUUCUCAAACACCAACGACGAAAGAUCAGCAGAUUUAUUUACAGGAAGAGCAAUUCAGCCUAUCGGAGUUAAAAAUAUUGUCAUAUUAAAUAAAGGUGAAAGCACAAAAUUGCUUUUAAAAAGCUUAGAAAAAUUAGAUUUAUUUGGUUUUGGUACUGGGGUUAUUGUGGGAAGUGAGGGCUCUUGAGGCUUAUAUGGAAAUGGAGUUGUUUCUUAUACAGAAUCAGGAUUGGAAACAGCUGAUAGCAAUAUCAGCUAUGAAAGUUUAGCAAUAAUAAAUUUUUUAAAGCUUGUGCUUAGUUUUUCUCAAACUUCUGACAAUUCAGAUUUGCUUGAUUUUUUAAUGAAAAAUACAAUUGACCGGCAUCCAAUUUCAAAAUUUUCACUUCUGAAUAUUCAAAAUAACCUAAAAGUCAUAUCGGGGAGUAUUGCAAAUAAUACGCUAUACAUUAUGAGCCCUUUAAAAUAUCCAGGAAAUUCACUAGCAAUUCCAAACUCUCCUACUACUCCUAUCAAUAUAUGAUACGAUAAUUCAAGUUGAAGUCUAUCUGCACUAGAUACACUAACAAUUGGAGAAUUUUAUGCUUUAGAUUACUAUAAAACCCUUCACUCAUUAGAUGGCUUUAAAAUAACAACCACACCUUGCAACUGUGGCAUGAUUAUAUAUGACCAAGCAAGCGGUUUUUCUUGUUUUGCUAAAUUAGUGACGAUCCCUGCUGUUGGUUUUCUAACUUCAUUUGCUCCAUGAACUAGCAUUUUAUAUAUAUAUGCUUUAAGAUCUCUAAAGUGUUCAAUCCCUAACGUUUCUCCAUAUGCGACUUCAAGUCUUACUCAAAAUAAAGCUACUUUUCCUGAAUUCAUGACUGUUAUAAAAGACGAAAGAUUUAACUCACAAGUCAUAUUGGAUUUGGCUGUUAUUUUUGGCUGAAAAAAUGUUAUCGUGCUUUAUGAUGAUAAUAAUAAAAACACUUAUUUAUACUUUAUUGCGUUGGCAGAAAAAUUAAAUAUUAAAAUUGCUAACAGACCUGAACUACAAAAAAUAGACAAUAAUUAUACAAGAGAUAAAUAUCCAGUAUGAAAGGACUGGUUUGCUGAAAUAAUAAGCCUAAAAUUAAGGCUUUUUGUAAUAUUUUUGAGUCCCCCUUAUGCAUUAUACAUAUUUGAAAGUUUUUAUGAUGCAGGAUUAAGACAAGGUGAUAUCAUUUUUUUGUCUAACAAUAGGAUUGCAUAUGGAUUAUCAUUAGAGACUGAUAAUGAACAAAGACGAAAGCUUUUGGAGCUCUCGUAUGGAGGAAUUGCGAUAGCGCAAACUGAAUGGAUUGGAGAAUAUGGGGAAACGGUUAAAAAUGGUUUUGUAAAGAAGUAUGGAAAUCAAACAGACUUUGGCUGCUGGGCUUUUGAUGCUGCAAUGCUACUUUUAAAUGGAAUUGAGUUUACAAUAAAGCAAGGCGAAAAUGUUAAGAAUUAUGAAGUGCUGAAUAACAACCUGAGAAAGCAAAAGUUUAUAGGCUGUUCUGGGACUGUGUCUAUUGAGUCUGGGGGUAAUCAGAGAAGUUUUCCAACUCUAGGAAUAUAUAGCUUAAGAUGGGACGAGAGAAUUCAAUCUAUAUAUGAGGAGCUUGUAGGGCAAUAUGACAUUAAUAGUGCUCAAUUGAUUACUUUAUAUAAGAGCAUUUUAUGAUAUGACAACACAACUGUAAUACCUACAGACACAAUAGUCUAUGAAAAUGGCUGCCCAUUUCCUAAAAGCAAAAUUAUUAAUUCAAAUAGCGGCGCUAAAAUACUUUAUGGAAUAUCAGCUGCAGUGGUAAUUUUUACAAUCAUUACAGCAUUUGCUGUAUGAAAAAAGUUUUGAAAAAAUAUCACGAUAAAACAAUUGAGCAUAGCUGCUCAUAUACAUUUUGAAGACUAUAUUCUUAUGGGAAUUAUCGCUGCUGAUUUUUUCCAAUUUAUAUCUCAAGGGCCAGACAUAAGUGAUUUAUAUAUGUGAUUAUCAAAAGCUUGUAGCUAUUCACUUAUCCAUUUUGAUUCUUCAGUUACAGGAGAUAUUUACUGAAUAUAUUUGUAUUCUGCAAUGAUUAUUGCUUGCUUUUGAAUAUUUUCAGCUUUUAUUUUAAUAUUUAAACUGAAAAUAUGUGAUAGCUGGAUGCUGAGAUAUGCUAGAAAAAUAUCUUUACUUUUGCUACCUAUAAUUGGAAACUUGUUAUUUGUGCCAAUGAUUUCCGUCCUUUUAAGCAUUUUUCAAUGCGAUAAAGGAAUAGGCUCGAGCAUUACUGAUUCUUUUAUAAAAAAUGAUUGUACAACAUAUUGCUGAACCCAAAAAUACUCUAUAUGAGGAGCUCUUUCAAUUAUUUUUUUAGCCACUUAUAUCCCAUUGACAAUUUAUUUUCGGGAAUAUUACGAGAAUGUUAAUGAUCAUAUCAAUAUCAAAACAAAUCCCCUUUUAAUUAUAGAAAAGUCUAUUUUUCAAGUAAUCAUAGUUUCUAUGAGCAAGACGAUAAAAAUUUAUAGUGAAUCUUUACAUGGUCUUUGCUGCAUUAUGCUUAUACUUAUCUUAAUUGUGAUUAGCUUAAAGCAAAAUUCUUACAAUUAUAGCAGGAUGAAUCUUUGGCUGAUCAUUUCCUAUUUAGCAAUUUUGUGGAAUUUUAUUUUAUCAUCUCUUUAUUGACUCACAAAAUUUGAUUCACUACUAUUAUGGCGUAUGAUGCAAUAUUCACUCUGGCUUAUCUUGUUAAUAGCUGGUAUAAUAAUUCAAUGCAAAUGGCUUCCAAGUUUACUAAUUACUGACAAAGGAGCAGAUAUUACAAUAUUUUUCAAAUUUUUAAUGGGGAGCCAAGUUUCAGCAGCUGAUAUAGCCCCAGACCCAUUUUUGCUCGUUUAGAAGCAAUAUCUUUGCCUAGGAAAAUGCCAAUUUUUCUACCAUGUACAAUUUAAAAUUACAAAUGCAAAUUAUAACUCAUAUUAUUACAAUUUUUAAUUAACCUUUAAAUCGGCAUUUUCGUGGCCUAGUAAAUAAUCAUAGGUAUUACUGCUAAAAUCUAUCAGAUGUCUUAAGCAAUAUCAAUAAAAUCAGAAAAGAAGUUGCAAGAAAUAAUUUUUCUAAUAGCCAGACUCCAAAUUCUUCAUCAAGAUUAAAUAUCCAGUUUUAA